AUGAGAGCAGCUCAGAGUCGACAGAAGAGCUAUGCAGAUAACCGUCGUCACCAAUUAGAGUUUGAGGUUGGGGAUAAGGUAUUCUUGAGGAUUGCACCCAUGAGAGGGGUUAUGAGGAAGUAUGUACCCGACCCCACCCACGUUAUUGAUUACGAGCCUCUUCAAUUUCAGGAAGAUCUGACUUAUACAGAAGAGCCGGUGCGGAUUGUAGAGAGAAAAGAACAAGUGUUACGUAAUCGGACUAUUCCAUUGGUUAAAGUGGUAUGGAAUAAUUAUGCUAUCAGUGAAGUCUCUUGGGAAUUAGAAGAGGAAAUGCAAGUCAAGUACCCACAGUUGUUUGACGACGAUCCUAAUAGCUUGUGA